UGACGACGAAUUCUGCAGUGAGAGGCUGAGAGCUGUGCCUCCCAGCGGUUGUGCCAUGGCAUGGCGCUUCUGGCUUUUCCUCCUGGGCCUUGUGUGGGACAUGUCGCUAGGAGCAGGGACCAACAAGUCGAUGGAGCUGCAGACGCUGCGGAGUGCCCUGGAAGUGGCCAAAGAGAAGGAUCAGAAGGUGCAAGCGGAGGAAGAGCACGAGAGGGUGGAAGCAGCCUUCACGAGUUUCUUUGGAACUCUACUUGUGAUUUGCCUGGUGCUGGCCCUGCUGUGGAUGCACAACCGUCACCAGCAGGAGACGGCCAGUGUUGGAGAACACAUGGGAACACCUCGACCCGGCCUGCCGCAAUCCUUUUUCUGUACAUCCUCAUCUUUGAUGCGGAACAUGCGCCGGUCAUGCGGCCGAGGCGUGUUCUUCAGUGGCCGAGUUCGGACUGAUGAGCACAAUCGUGCAGCUCAAUGAGGAGCGAGCCAAGUUGAUGCAGAAGUUCACCUUGCAGCAGCCAUUGCUGGACACUGGGAAGCCAUGAGAAGUGCUUCGAGGUUGUUCUGAAGUCCUGCUGACGCAGCUGCAAGAAAAAUGGACCGCAAGGUGAAGGUGGUGGAUGAUCAUAGACUUCUUUCGAAUGGGGGUAUGGCUCAUCCAGUGGCGUG